AUGCGCAUGCUUGGAAACUCCACCAGAGGUCUCUUGCCUAAACAGUGGCACCUCCUCUAUAGAUCCGCCCGUAAUAAGGGCACAAUGAACCAGCUAAAAUGGAUGCAGCGAAAAGCUGCUCUAUGGAUCACGGGUGCCUUCUGCACCUCCCCUACAGGCGGUCUUGAGGCCUUGGCAGGUCUCAUCCCCAUCCACCUUAUGCUGAAGAAGUUGGCAACGCGCACAGUGUAUUGCGUCGCCACACUCUCAGACACCCAUCCUCUUCACUCCAUGAUGGGCGAGGGACUCCUUAAACGGGCAGAACCACACACCCACUCAGCUGCCUUGAUGACCCCAGCUAUGCGAGGGAAGGUCAAGAGCACUGUCAUGGAGGUGGACAAGCACAUCCACACCUUAACUGAGAGCUUCGAGCCCUUUGCGCCCGAAGCUCACCCAGGUGAUCAGUUACUGGACCGCUAUGCGGACCGUCUCCACUUUGAUGAGCCAAGGGCCGAUCCUUUAACAGUACUGGCUGCAACUGAUGGCUCUGUCCCUCAGUCCAACCAGUAUCAGGCGACUUCAGUUGCCAUCAUCUACAAGGGACAUCACAAGCUCGAAAGGACUUGCUAUGUCUCUGGCAGAGUUACCGCCCUGGAUGCGGAACUCAAUGCCAUUGCGUGUGCAGUGCGCCUUGCUGUCAAGCAGGCAAACUGCCAACAUAUUAUGGUCUUUAUUGACUCCAUGGGCUCAGUCCAUAAAGCAGUGGACCCCUCCGUACACUCUGGCCAGGCUUUCAGUCUGUCAGUCUGUCAUGCUCUCCAAGAGUGGUUCAAGGCAGACAAUCUCCGCUGCAUCACCUUCGUCUACAUCCCAUCCACUUUGCGGUGGGAUAUCCAUGGUGAGGCACACAAAUGCACUGUGCUCCUGAGCCGCGCACUCAGUCCUGGACUCAUGGAGUUCCACUUUCCAGGAUCCAACCUACAGGGGCUCUGA